GCCCUCUCUCUCUUUCUCAUCUCUGUCGUUCUUCCUGAAUACUCUGGACUAAUCCCUGGUAAUCUCCGGGCGACUUGUACCGCCAAGAUGCCAGGAAAGGGCCUCUUCGGCUCGCUCAAGGGCAUCGAUGCCUUCGGUAAGACAAUGGAGGAUGUGAAGGUCAAGACGCGCACAGGCGCGUUCUUGACCCUCAUCUCCGCGGCGAUCAUCCUGGCUUUCACGACUAUGGAGUUCUUUGACUACAGGAGAGUCUAUGUGGACACAUCCAUCGUAGUCGACAGGAGCAGAGGCGAGAAGCUAAACCUCCGAAUGAACGUAACGUUCCCAAGGGUACCAUGUUACCUUCUUAGCUUAGAUGUGAUGGACAUCUCCGGAGAGACACAAUCUGACAUAUCACACAAUAUCCUGAAGAAGCGAAUCGGAAAGAACGGCGAGCCAAUGAGUGGUCUCAACACUCCUACGGACCUACAGAAUGACUUGGACAAGCUGAACACUGCGCGUGGUCCUGACUACUGCGGUUCAUGUUUUGGAGGGCAGCCUCCCGAAAGCGGGUGUUGCAAUACCUGCGAUCAGGUUCGCCAGGCGUACGUCGACCGUGGCUGGAGCUUCAACCGGCCGGAAUCCAUUGAGCAGUGCGUGAGCGAGGGCUGGUCAGACAAGCUGAAGGAACAGGCGGAUGAAGGGUGUAACAUCUCGGGGAAGGUGCGCGUAAACAAGGUCGUAGGCAACAUCCACUUGUCUCCUGGGCGAUCGUUCCGAUCGGCGUCACAAAACAUCUACGAUCUGGUGCCAUACUUGCGAGACGAUAACAAUCGUCACGAUUUUAGCCACACAAUCCAUGAGUUCGCUUUCGAGAGCGACCAGGAGAGGAGGACGAAACUGCCGAUGCAGGUCAAGGAGAAGAUGGGCACAGAAGGCAAUCCGCUGGAUGGCACAGUGAAGAAGACGUCCAAACAGCAGUAUAUGUUCCAGUACUUCCUGAAGGUCGUAUCGACGCAGUUCAACACGUUGCAGGGGAAAUCUUAUAAGACGCAUCAGUAUAGCGCCACGCACUUCGAGCGCGACCUGACGAAGGGGCACCAGGAGGACAACAAGGAGGGUGUCCACGUCGCGCAUACAUCGACCGGCAUCCCGGGCGCGUUUUUCAAUUAUGACAUUUCGCCGAUCCUGAUUGUCCAUACCGAGACGCGGCAGUCCUUUGCGCAUUUCCUCACAUCGACAUGUGCGAUCGUCGGUGGAGUGUUAACCAUCGCGUCGCUCCUCGACAGUGUGCUCUUUGCGACGACGCGCGCGCUGAAGCACCGGGGUGGCGCGCAUGGAUACGGGAACGGAAAGCUCAUGUAAUGUGGCCUCGCCUUGCGCCGUCUUGUAUACAUC